AUGGAAGAAGUAUCAAAAAUAGUGUUGGAAGAACUUCCAAAAAAUAUGGGUGAUCCGGAAAGCAUCAUUAUACCCUGCCAAUUUGGGAAUUUGGUUACUACUCAAGCAUUAGCUGAUUCAAGGGCUAGUAUCAAUAUUAUGCCCUACUCAUUCUUUAAAAAGUUGAACCUUCCAAAACUAAAACCUAUCCACAUGACAAUCCAUUUAGCUGAUAAAACGCUGAUCCAUCCGAAAGGAUUUUGUGAAGAUCUUCUAAUAAAGAUGGAUAAGUUGGUGUUUCCUGCGGACUUCUUAGUUUUGGACAUGGAAGAAGACCCUAAGAUUCCAAUCAUCCUUGUAAGACGAUUCUUGAAUACCGAAUGUGCCAUAGUUGAUAUGCGGGAAUCAACACUUACACAUAGGGUGGUGGAUGAUUUGGUUACUUUUGUAACUAAUCAAGAAAAAGAGCAUGCAAAAUCGAUUGAUGAUAAGACUUCAUCAAUGGAAUUGGAUGAUUAA